AUGCCGAUCGUAAAAGUUCUUUCUUCCAAAAAGCCUUUGUGGAUUGAAUGGGAUCGACAGGCCCAAAAGAGUGGUAUCCGACACACUGUUUUUUCUGUUAAUGGUGACCAAUAUACAGGGGAAUGGCAAGAUAACAAAAAGCAUGGCAAAGGUACCUACAAAUGGAAAGCUUCUGGAAACAUGUAUGAUGGUGAUUGGAAAUAUGGCAAAAGAAAUGGCUUUGGUACCCUUAGUGUCCCAGAUGGUCAUGGUGGAUUGCAGAAACAAUAUGCAGGAGGAUGGAAAAAUAACAAAAGACAUGGUUACGGUUCUCAUUUCUAUGGCCUUAAUGAAUAUUAUGAAGGUGAAUGGUAUGGUGGAAAACGAAGUGGGUGGGGACGAAUGUACUAUGCCGAUGGCACAAUAUAUGAAGGUGAAUGGUAUGAUGACAUGAGAAGUGGUCAAGGCAUGCUAAGACUUGCUAAUGAAAACAGAUAUGAAGGAUUAUGGCAAAACAACAUGAAAAAUGGUCAUGGGAAGUUCUUCUUCCUUGAUACUGGUCAACUGUAUAAAGGCGUUUGGGUAGAUGAUAUACCUAAAUGUGGUAAAAUCAUUGAUUUCAAUAGAGACAGUGCACCAUACCCAACAAAAUAUCCUAUUCCAAAGGUGGAGCUAAGUGAUCCCGAGGGUGUUUUGGCAACAGCUGAAGACAUGUUUCUCCCAGAGCAAGAGUGA